AUGCACACCCCAGCCACCAUGGUGAUGGGGAUCGUGUUCGCCCCGCUCGGGCUGGUCCUGGUCCUCACCGCCUCCAUCACGCCCCAGUGGAGGGAGGGGCAAGCCCGCCUGGGUCUGACGGGGCCGGGCUCCCCGCCCCGCUCCAAGGCGCGGGGCGGCGGGGGCCCGGGGACCCUGGCGGCCGUGGAGACGCUGCUCCUGCUGCGCUCCGACGGCCUGUGGGAGAGCUGCCUGCAGGUGGUCCAGUCGGAGCUGAAGCAGUGCUGGCCCGUCACGGGGGCCUACCAACGGGACCCCCGGCUGAGGCUGGCCCGGGGCCUGGUGCUGAGCUCCUUGUUCCUGUGCGGCACGGGCAUCGUGCUGGCCAGCGUCGGCGUGCGCUGCUGGAGCGACGUGCCCCUGAGGGGCGUGGCCGCCCUGGGGGGCUUCCUGGUGGUGCUGGCGGGGCUGCUGAGUCUGACCGCGCUGGGGGUCUACACACACAACCUGGGGAGGCUGGGCGUGGAUAACCCCGGGGAGGGCCCCGGGAGCGGCGGCGGCGGCGGCGGCGGGGGGGCCCCGCGCUACCCUCACCUCACCCUGCGGCCGGCCGGGUCGCUGUACUUCGGGUGGCUGGGCUCCUGCAUCCAGGUGCUCGGGGGGGGCGCCUUACUGCUGAGCUUCAAGAGGCCCUGGUGCCCGGCGACACAGGCCUGCCCCGAGCUGACCGCCUGCCCCGCCUGCCGGUCCUGCCCCGAGCUCAGCAGCAGUCCGGAGACGGAGGUGUAUGAGAUGAGCUGCUAGGGAGGACCAGCGCGGCCCGGGCAUAACGUCCUCUAAAGGGGGGACGCGGCUGUCGGUGUCAACGAGGAUCAUACUCAAUACUUUCCAAUCGUUUACAACGGGACCAAAUUUAUAAUGACAUUUAAGACCAAAUUUUACAAAACUAUGACUUACGAAAGAAAUACAACAGAGAUGUGUGUUCAACAUAGAUGUCGAUGACGUAUUGGAUGGGGGAUGUAUGAAAUGUUGAAAGCCAGAACUGAAUGCAGUGCUGUCUGCAGAGACACCUUUAAAUGGACUUGCUACCUUAACUGCGAAAUUGAUAUUGUGUAUUAGGUUGGCCAAGAGCAGUCUGCCAUGAGUUCUGAUCUGUACCCGCUUUCGUUUUUGAAUGGUUGUUUCUGUUCUUGUUGUGAUUGUUUCGGUUAGGAAGAAACUCUGUUCAUUGAAAAAAUAUAUAUAUAUUUAGACUAGAUGAGUAGAUGUUGAAAUACGGUGUUGAAAUAUUGCCCUUAAAUGGGAUGAAAUGUGACUACCUUUUAAAUAAAUGUAGACAUUGCGAUGUAAAUGUAUGUUAAUGAUCCAUAUUACACAUCUUCAAUUACAACUGUUGUUGUGUUGUUUUAUGUGAGCAAAUUGCAAUUGCACAUAAUACUCCUUACCUAUUACUUAUUUAAUAUGCUUAUGCAAGUUUUUGUCCCUUUUGGAUAAGCAGCAGCGUUUCCAGAAUAAACCGUUUUUUUCACAUUAGCUCCAUUGUCUCUCAAUGAAAAGAUAUUUCUUCUGCUCUCUGGUCUAGACAUGAUUUGAGACUAUUUGUUAUAUUGAUGAGAAAAAGAGAAGAAUGUAUUAGCGGUUUGGUUUUGUUGUUAGUAACUCAAUUGUCCCCUGCCUUUUCAGUCUUUUGUAAUCUGCCAACAUGACAAGUAUAUGGCAAAAAAUAUAGAAAAGCGUUCUGGGACAUUAUCUCACAAAACUGCUUUAUAAAGAACGGGGGCUUCACUUCAACAAAGGCCUUAUCUUUCAGAAGAGAGUCGAUACAUUUCGGUUAGCAAUAAUAUGAGUAAAAUAAUGAAGUGAAAAUGUGUGUGAAACUGGCAUCAAAAAAGGAAUAGCAUUUUAGCAUUCUUAUGGCUAAUGAAUGUGUUGUUGGAGAGAGGCAGAAAGGUCCCUUAUAACUAAGAGAUCGAAGAGUUUACCGUCUAAAUGUCAAUGAAGUUUAAUGAAUUAUCUGGCCGAUUGCAGUUAAAGGACAUUUUAAGAUGGCCUUGCAGUCUGUACAAUCUUCAGCUUUGAAUUUGUGUAUUAUCAUGUUAGGCGCCAGUUGUCGAUAACAAAGUACGGGGUUAGGGUUAGGGAAAAAAACACUACAUUAUUAACUUCUUCUUGGGGGGUUAGUGCUUAUGAGUGCUUAUUAGCUGAUAUGUGUUGUGUGAGAGAACUGUAUAGGACUGUAUAGUGAACGGAUGAGGUACAAAGAUUUAUAGCAGCUUAUUCAGACAAGAGCCUGGAAACUGACAACAGACGAGAAGUGUACAUGAAUUUAUUACCAUCAACACAAUUUGUAAUCUCACUUUUACCCAACAUUACAUUGUUGUAAAAUUGUAUUUACAUUAGAAGAACACAAUAAAAGACAACCCCAUUGUAAUCCAAUUGGAAGAGCAGUGUACUCAUAGUUUCAGUAGAUCAGAAGGACAACAUUAAUACUCUAUUUAUAAAAAAUGAAUUCCACUUGACAAUACUAAUUCUUAAAAAAGGUAGACAACCAAUUUUCGGCAUGGUGCUUAAGAUGUGUAUCUCUAUAUUAUUUAAAGAGAAGAUACACACUUCACCCCUCCUGUGAGCUUUCUGACAUCCAUCACCCUUGUCUACAGUGAAUAGCGGUCAUUGUAUACAAAGUUGACAUUUAUUUCUGAGUAAAAAAAAAAG